UGAUCUUUGCAAGUCUGCCUCUUCAUACACAUGCACUAACAUUUGUUAGCUAUUGCAUAAGUAGUAUAUAAACACUACUAAUGGUAAGGGUAAUCAUUUAUAUUUUCAAUUGAGAUUGCAUAUUUUCAGAAAAAUUACACACUUCAUAUUGAAUGGCAGAAAUAUGGCCUGAUCAAUCCUUUAUGGUUAAUGCUAAUGCCGUUACUGAUGUAGACAAGAAAAAUCCAGACAAAAAUGUGAAAGCCAGCUUCGUUUUUUCCAAACUUCAUGCAGGUUAUUUCAGGAUAAGUUUAUCUCUUGGUAGCCAAGCUCUAUUAUGGAAAGCACUAAAUGAGCACAACCACUCCUCACACUACUAUAAUCUCCUAUCCACUACUUUUCUACUACUUUGGUAUCUCUCAUUUCUUGUGUCAAUUGUUCUGUCAAUUCUUUACCUAAUGAAGUGCAUUUUCUACUUUCGCACCGUGAAAGAUGAGUUCCUGCAUUUUGUUGGGGUUAACUAUAUGUUCACUCCCUGGACUUCAUGGCUUCUAUUGCUUCAAUCUUCUCGGGUCCUCGCCCCCCAUCAUUUCAUGUAUAAAGGGCUUUGGUUGUUCUUCGUGGUACCACUUCUGGUUCUUGAUGUGAAAUUAUAUGGGCAAUGGUUUACGACAGAGAAGAGAUUUUUAUCCCUAGUGGCUAAUCCGACAAGCCAAAUGUCGGUAAUAGGGAACAUGGCGGCUGCAUGGGCUGCUGCGAAAAUGGAGUGGAGAGAAAGUGCUAUAUGUAUGUUUACCUUAGCAAUCACACACUAUUUGGUCAUUUUUGUUACUCUUUAUCAGCGUUUGUCAGGUGGGAAUCAGCUCCCAGCGAGACUCCGGCCCGUAUAUUUCUUGUUUGUAGCUGCACCUAGCAUGGCAAGCUUGGCUUGGAGCUCUAUUCUAGGGAGCUUCGAUACACCCUGCAAAAUGCUGUUUUUCCUGUCUUUGUUCCUCUUCAUAUCAUUAGCAUGUAGGCCAGCUUUAUUCAAGAAAGCCAUGAAAAAGUUCGACCUGGUAUGGUGGGCGUACUCGUUUCCUUCAACAAUCCUAGCCAUGGCCUCUGUGGAAUACGCACAAGAAGCGAAGAGUGCGGUAGCAUCUGGGCUAAUGCUGGUCCUCACCAUCAUCUCAGUCGCCAUUUUCCUGUCCUUGAUGCUUUCCACGGCACUAAACAUUAACAUACUUGGACGACCCACUUAUUAGAUUGAUAAUUAGGGUCAAUAUGACUCCCUUAACACUGCCUGCCAUAUAAUACAUGGCCUAAUUACUAUCAUGUCACCAACAAGUUAUUAUAUCGUCUGGGGCACAUAUAUACAAUAUUAAUGUGAACCCUUAUUAGUAAUAAAUAAAUGCUUUUUCAUUUUUUA